UUACACACGCACGCUCGUACGCAGGCAUUUAAGCACGCACGGGCAAGGUAGCAUUAGGUCGUAGGUUAGUCACUCAUCAUCGCCUUCGGCCUCACCAGAUUCAACACCAGCAGCAGCAGCAGCAACAACAGCCGCCGCCGACCCCCUAGCUCGUUAAGUAGUAAAUGUUUUAACCAUCGAUUCCAUAGUGUUUAAGUCUUAAAAGGUGGCUCAUAAGUUUGCAUUUAUCAAGUGAAAACGCAAUGGAUAGCAAGGGAAGGCAUGUCAUUGUUUGCGAUAACGGGACGGGGUUCGUGAAAUGCGGUUACGCCGGCAGCAAUUUCCCGGCGCACAUUUUUCCCUCCAUGGUUGGGCGACCCAUCAUUCGAGCGGUCAACAAAAUAGGCGAAAUAGAAGUGAAGGAUUUACACGUUGAUGAUCUGAUGGUGGGGGAUGAAGCGUCCCAGCUGCGAUCGCUGCUCGAAGUGUCGUACCCGAUGGAGAAUGGAGUGGUGCGCAACUGGGAGGAUAUGUGCCACGUGUGGGACUACACGUUCGGCCCGAAGAAGAUGAACAUUGAGCCGACGAACACGAAGAUCCUGUUGACCGAACCACCGAUGAAUCCGAUUAAAAAUCGCGAAAAGAUGAUCGAGGUGAUGUUCGAGAAAUACGGCUUCGACUCGGCGUACAUCGCUAUCCAGGCAGUGCUGACGCUGUACGCGCAGGGUUUGAUCAGCGGCGUGGUAAUCGACUCCGGCGAUGGUGUCACGCACAUCUGCCCGGUUUACGAGGAGUUCGCAUUACCGCACCUGACACGCCGACUGGACAUUGCGGGGCGGGACAUUACACGCUACCUGAUCAAGCUGCUGCUGCUACGCGGUUAUGCGUUCAACCACUCCGCGGACUUUGAAACGGUGCGCAUGAUGAAGGAAAAGCUGUGCUACAUUGGCUACGACAUCGAGAUGGAGCAACGGCUCGCCCUCGAGACUACUGUGUUGGUGGAGUCAUACACGCUACCGGACGGUCGUAUGAUCAAGGUAGGCGGCGAACGCUUCGAGGCACCAGAAGCCUUGUUCCAGCCGCACCUGAUAAACGUGGAGGGCCAGGGUAUUGCCGAGCUCGUAUUUUCUACGAUCCAGGCCGCCGACAUCGAUAUGCGGUCCGAGCUUUACAAACAUAUCGUGCUGUCCGGUGGCUCCACCAUGUACCCUGGGCUGCCGAGCCGGCUAGAGCGCGAGAUUAAGCAGCUGUACCUCGAACGGGUGCUGAAGAACGAUAUCGACAAGCUGUCCAAGUUCAAGAUACGCAUCGAAGAUCCGCCAAGGAGGAAAGAUAUGGUUUUCAUAGGUGGUGCAGUGCUCGCAGAGGUAACCAAGGAUCGGGAUGCAUUCUGGAUGUCCAAGGCCGAAUAUCAGGAGCAGGGCCUGAAUGUGCUAAAAAAACUGAGCGCCAGAACAAGUAACUAGAGGGCGGAGCGUAACGGCAUCAGCAAGGCAAGCACGGCCUGCAGCAGGUGCAGUAGAUCAGGCAUGAGUGUAAAUCGAUCAAAACAGUAUAGGCUCAUCCAACAGCUCCAAUCGGUUCCAUUAGAUUAAUACUAGAACUUUCACAAGGUAAGAUGUUUUGGCAUCGGCUGGUGACCGACGAUAAUCGAUAGCGCGGGAUAGCGUGCGAGAUUAACCUGGUACGUACCGUACCGCGCAGAGCGUAUAAGUGACCUAUCCGUCGCUUCGAAGCUGCAUAUUGUAUUGUAUCUAUAAUGUUUCAUUUUUUUUUUGGUUACUUUCCCCAUGUCUGCCUAUUCACAAAUGAUUAGUACAUAAGCCCUUCUGCAAUAAUAAAAGAAAAGCUCGUUGAAAGAUU